ACCGCAGUAAAACAAAAGAGAUCCCAAUUCUCUCUCUCUCUCUUUCUCUCACACACACAUAAACUAACUUUUUCUUAUUUCUUAAGCACCUUCUUGAGAUAGACUGGCCGGAAAAAAUGGCCUCUACAUGCAUCUCAAACUGUAUUAACGAUGCCCGUGUUCCAGUUAGAGCCACCUACGUGAACCUCUACAAGUGGCCGGAAUCCGAUGCCGAGUUUGUACGAUCAGUGAGCUCUAAAACAGACCGGAAUGUCCCAAGCAGCGGCGGAGGCUCCGCCUACGGCCGUCCCCGGGUGGUGGACAGUAUUUCAUGCAGACAAUUAUAUUUAAGAAGCUACACUUUCUCAAGGGAAGAAGAUUAUAAAAAUGACGAGAAGACCAUAAAGUGCCUUGGAAGAGGAAAAGAGAAGCAUGCGGUGGAUAAUAAAAGAAAAAGAAAGCCUCGUGGCCGUGAUGGCGAUCGCAGCAGCGGAAGCGGUGGCGGAAGGAGGAAAUACAAAGGGUUUAGAAGGGCUAAAGCAGUUUCAUGCGCUGCCUUGGUUUCCAUUUUCCGGAGGUUGCUGUCUUGCACCACCGAGGUUGAUGUUGUCAAUUAAUUCGUAAUUAUAUUUUCUUCUUCAUUUUUAUAUAUUUAUGACAUUUUCCUUUUAUUAAGGUUUUAAUUAUACAAAGGAAGUCUAUAACGUUAUUCACUUC